ACAGACGGACAGUGGCCAAGAUGUCAUCGCCGCGGGAGCACGAGGCGUCAGAAUACCUCGAGAAACACAAAAUUAUUGAGUUGAUGGAUAAUUUAACCAGUAUGCUCUUCUUCUACAGACCAGAUCGUCCAAGGGAAUUUCUGAUCGACCAACUGGAAAAGCUCAGCCUUUCCAAAGCUCGUGAAGGAAACACUCCGUGCCUCUUCAACGAGUCCAAUUUAGAUGCUCUGUUUGGAGUCCUGGAUCCUUCCGAUCAAGGCUUUAUUACUCACGGUCAAUACAAAGAAGCACUGAAGACACUUGGCAUCAAGAAUUUCAAUGAGUUCCCGGACAGAGCCAGUGAUGACAGGAUAUCACAGGAGACGUUCAUAAGAGAGGCGACAGAUGGGCUUGUCAGAAGUUCAGCAACAUUCCAGCUUUAGGUGACCUCAAUAACUCCUUAAAAUACGUAUAUGUAAAAUAGCUUUUGUAAUGAUUUAUAUAAAAUACAGUAUGUAUGCAUUUAUAGAUAAAUAUGAAAUAAAACGUACCAGCUGCAAACCAUAAAACUUUGUCAAACUUUGCUGGCUGGAGGACCAAAAGGAUGGUAAAACAUGAAUAAAAUAUUAUAAAA